UCCAGCGCUGCAGAGGGAGGGGGCGGCCCGGUCCGGCCCAGCUCUGCCCCCACGCCGGCCCGACCCCGGCCCAUCCCCAGCACAAGCCCUUAUCUGAUCCCGGCUCUGGGCUUAAGAGUCCUGGCCCUGCCCGUCGCACGGCUCUGCUCCUCACUCCUGCCCGCCCCGUCCGUCAUCUGUCCCGCUGGCCCGUCCGAGGGGCCACUCCACCUCGAACCCAAGAUGACGUCAGUGGCCAAGGUAUAUUACAGUCAGACCACUCAGACAGAAAGCCGGCCCAUAAUGGGCCCAGGAAUACGACGGCGGAGAGUCCUGACGAAAGAUGGUCGUAGCAACGUGCGAAUGGAGCAUAUCGCCGACAAGCGCUUCCUCUACCUCAAGGACCUAUGGACAACCUUCAUUGACAUGCAGUGGCGCUACAAGCUUCUGCUCUUCUCUGCUACUUUUGCAGGCACCUGGUUCCUCUUUGGCGUGGUGUGGUACCUGGUAGCUGUGGCCCAUGGGGACUUGUUGGAGCUGGGUCCCCCUGCCAACCACACCCCUUGUGUGGUACAGGUGCACACACUCACUGGAGCCUUCCUCUUCUCCCUUGAAUCCCAGACCACCAUUGGCUAUGGCUUCCGCUACAUCAGUGAGGAGUGCCCUCUGGCCAUCGUGCUUCUGAUUGCCCAACUGGUGCUCACCACCAUCCUGGAAAUCUUCAUCACUGGUACCUUCCUGGCAAAGAUCGCCCGGCCCAAGAAGCGAGCCGAGACCAUCCGUUUCAGCCAGCAUGCAGUUGUAGCCUCGCACAACGGGAAGCCCUGUCUUAUGAUCCGAGUUGCCAAUAUGCGUAAGAGCCUCCUCAUUGGCUGCCAGGUGACAGGCAAACUGCUUCAGACCCACCAGACCAAGGAGGGUGAGAACAUUCGGCUCAACCAGGUCAAUGUGACUUUCCAAGUCGACACGGCCUCUGACAGCCCGUUCCUCAUUCUUCCCCUGACUUUUUACCAUGUGGUGGAUGAGACCAGUCCCUUGAAAGACCUCCCUCUUCGCAGUGGCGAGGGUGACUUUGAGCUGGUGCUAAUUCUAAGUGGGACAGUGGAGUCCACCAGUGCCACCUGCCAGGUGCGCACUUCCUACCUGCCAGAGGAAAUCCUUUGGGGCUAUGAGUUCACACCUGCCAUCUCACUGUCAGCCAGUGGUAAAUACAUAGCUGACUUCAGUCUUUUUGACCAAGUUGUGAAAGUGGCGCCCCCUAGUGGCUUGCAUGACAGCACUGUACGCUAUGGAGACGCUGAAAAGCUUAAGUUGGAGGAGUCAUUAAGGGAGCAAGCCGAGAAGGAGGGCCCCGCCAUCAGUGUGCGCAUCAGCAACGUUUGAUGGCCUCUUCCCACCUCCCGAGCCCUCUGUUCUCUUCCUCUCUUUCCAUGCCCUGGGCAAGGGAUACUAUCUGGGUUCACUGCAACCCCAGAAGCACCCAUCCUUCACUCUCCCUUCUUUAAUCCAGAGGCCUGUCAGUAGUAUAGGCCGACUGGGGGUCCAAGUUUCUUCCUCCUGUCCCUUUUCACCUUCCCCUGCUUCUACCCUAAGGCACACAACUCCCUUAAGCCAGGAUGGGGGAAGGAGAGAGAAGAUUAGGCUGAAGUGGCUUAGAAGGCCUCAGCCAUGCUUGGAGACUCACAUUAAGAGGACCAUGUGGUUGGAUGGAUAGACUCCCCCCACCAGAAAGUUCGGUGACUUGAGGCUAGAGGCCCCCCAUCUCUGUGUUUCCAUCUAGCAAGUUCCCUAAGGCAAGACUCUAUGAUGGUUGCUUUGUGGUCUGUACCCUCAGAAAUAUAAGAAUCUGAAACCAUCUGUUUGGGCUCACUACCAACCCCUGUUGAAAGAAACCAGGGGUUGUCACAGUGUACUUAAUUUUCGCUGGUAACUCCUGACCAUAAUCUGGGCCCUUGGUCACCACUACUUUUCCCUUUCUAGUUUUCAAACAGAGCCUCUAGGAUAUAUAGUUCUUUCAUAGCUUCUAUUCUCAGAGAAUUGGGCUGGCUCUGAAAAACAGACAUAUACUCACAAUACCCACACCCACACCCAUCCUGGAUUCUGAACUCUCAGUUUUUGAGCUGUUGUCCAAAGCUUUGAAUCUGUCAUCCAGGCUGCUCUGGGAAGAUUUGUUUCCCUGUGUUCUGUGAAUGACAGGACCCUAGCCACUAUGUUCCCAUGAAUAAGUUUAGAGUCUAGGGCCCAUGAAGAGACUAAAAGAUAUUCCAGAUCACACUGUAUAUGGUCCUUCUUCCUUUUCCACCCAAUGCAGACACCUCUUUUAGAGAAAGGGAGGGAAUAUACAAGACCUUCCUGCUCUUAACAUCAAUGGGUAACUAAGACCAGAUUUACAGAGCAAAGACACCCCCCCCAAAAAAAAAGUUAAACCAACUCAACCAAGAGGGGGAUGGGUACAUUCUCAGAUUUCCAGGCUGAUGUACAGAAUUUGUGAUCCUUUGUGAAGGUUUGGGCUGGCACUAUUUUGUUACACCUCCUAGUUUCCUUCUGAAAAGUGCUAGUUACAUCAUUAGACAAUGCUGGGAGGGGAGAAAAUUAUACCUCCUGAUCAAAUAACCAUGGUUACCCUCAGCCAUUGCUGAGACUUUAUAUACAAUGAUGAAAAUCAGUGUUAUCUUUACUCUCCUCUGCAGUGGGAUAGUUUCAGGCAAGUUUAAAAGAUACUGUAAGAGAUAAGACAAAGGCCACUCCUUGUUCCCAGUGGGGACUGUGGUAGGAGUCAAGGAAGACCAUAUGGGCACCAGAAUUUUCUCUAAAGCCCCAAAUUCCACAAGUACUCCCUGGCCUCACUUAGGUACAAAGGGACCCCCACAGAGUGGUUUGGCAUAGAAUCCCUGUGUGAAUCUUGUUUAAGGGGUAUUCAGUUUUUACGAGAGACACACCUAUCAGAAUGUACGCAUGCUUCUAUGUGCAGAGCCUUGCAGAGAAACUCACAACACGGUGAGACUGGACCUACUUCAGCUGUGCAGUCCUCUUAAACACUGAUUUCUCCUUGAACGCAACUAACUGUAGCUUGGAAAGGAAGACCCUUCAGUCUCCUGUAAGCCCCAUCAUAACUCUCUGGGUCUCAUAAAAAUGAGGACCAGAGAAACUUGAAACUCUGAAAGAACAGAAGGCAAGGAGCCAGUUUCUGCACUCUCAACUUUAUUCAACAUUAAACUCACCUGAUGUCUUUCAGUGUAUAAGCACAAAAUACAGCAGUGUGUGUGUGUGUGUGUGUGUGUGUGUGUGUGUGUGUGUAGACUUCUUAUCUAUUGGCAAUUUGUCCUCUAUCUGCUUUCUUCUGCAUGCUGCUGCUUCCCUCCUGAAGGAAUGAUUUUCUUCCUUUUCCCUGCUGUCUAUUCUAAGCCCCCAGACUUUUCAGAUGCUUGGAUAACAAUGUAAGCAGAGAACAAUUCAUAGUUAAUGUUUUUUUUAACUUCCCCUACAAUUCCAAGCUUUGUUCUAAGUUGCACUUUAAAUCAUAUUGCCCUGUUAGUACAAUGUGGCAUCUUCCCCAAUGUGCCCCUUAUUCCCCAAGGAACAACUCCUCCCACCCCAAUCCUAGUUCUUUAGACUACAGCCUAUCUCCUCUGAUUUGGAGUUCUCUUUCAGACUAUAGGACUAGCUUUGUAAGCGGUCAAGUCUGGUGAGAAAUGGGCUAUAGACUUGGAAUGUCAGGCGAGAGCUGUAGGCACAGAUGUUAAGAGGGGAGAUUUCAGAGUGGGCAAAACAUCUGAUGGGGAAGGAUGCCAGAUUAUGAGUGUGAGAAAGGAAGGGGCUGGGGACCCAGUGAACUCAAUGAAAUCCUUGAGCCUCACUUGGGCCGGCAAACAAGACACAGUGGAGGUUUGUGGAAUUAACAUAUGAUACCUAAGAAAGGUUUAUCUAAAGAGAAAAAACAGAGAUAAUAUAUAGAGAUAUGUAUAAAGAUGUAUAUAUGCCCAAAUAUACUCAAUGUACAGAAAGGAAGUAUUCAGAGACUUUAGCAGAGGAGCAGGUAAUUUGCCCUGGUUGUGGAAGUAGAACCCGCAGAUUUUCAGACUUACCACCCGUGAUCCUGGUUUUCACAUGGACAUGAGACAGCUGAUGGAUUUCAGUUUUGAUGGUGGGAAGUGGGGGGAGAUGGAAGUUCCUCUUCAGAAAUAAUGAGGCAUCCAUCAAGGCUUUUGGUGAACCUGCACUGUUGACAGGACCAGGAAGAGAAGAGCUGGGAAGAAAUGGGAAAGGAAGAUGUUCUAUCCAUGGAAAUCUAGGAAAACUACUGCUUAUACUGUGUGUCCCAUCCCCAGCAGCAUCCCGCUACUGUAGCAAAUAAAUAAAUAAAUAAAU